UUUUUUUUUUUUUUAGGCUGGAGGAAGUUGCCGCAUUGGAGCUGCAAUUACCUCAAACGGUGUCGGUUUAGUUAAAAAUCUUCUUGUACCCAUCCAACCUGCCUGCAAGUACCGCUCGCUGACCACAGUAUCAAACCAGACCCGGGAUUUUGAAGUUUCGGUUCCUUUGAAAAUUCCAAUUUUCUCCUUCAAAUUUUCGAUUUCAGUGAGCGAAGCGGGAAUUGAAUUGAAAUUCAACAAGCAGCAGCUCCGAAUAGAACAGAAAUGGAUUCCGUGUCGUCGGUGAAGGAAUUCAUAAGAAAACAAGUCCCCGAUUGGGACGACGAAAUAAUGGCCACAGCCCGAUUCAAAGCAUUUAGUGGGCAAAGAUCCGAUUGGGAACCCAAAUACUUGUUCUGGAAAGAUUUAAUCCUCAAAAUUGCUCGACAUCUCGACCUCUUCAUUAUUCAACCUUCUCAGGUAAAGGAGGAGUGGUUCAAUCGUGGAGGUUUAACGCCGUUAUGCAUUGAUCAUGUACUGUGCUUAAUGUAUAAUGAAGGUGAUAUUGUGCGAAAUGUGGAUCUUGUAGACCCAAGUAGUGGUCGAAUCUCUCAGUUAUUCAGAAAAGUUAGAAAUUUGAUGGUCAGAUCACCUGUUACUCCAGAAAUAAUUAUGCUUGAAGAUCAUCUCUUUCUUACACCAUUAUUGAAGGAUAAAACUGCUCAGAUUAUCAAAUGCUUAUCUGAAAGUCAUUGGACGUCUUCGUGCAUUGUUACUAUGAGCAAGUUCCAGGGCAUGUGUGGUCCAUCUGAGGCAGCUCCUCUCUUGAGUUAUCUAUCCGGACUCGGGAAAGCACAAUAUUUCUCAAUUUCUAAGGAGGUUAUAGAGGGAGUGAAAAUUUCCCUUUCAUCAGGAUCAGUUCCCGCCAUCUCAAGUCUAGAUUUGGAUGUCCUGCGCUUGAUUUGGACAGCACAAAAGCUUGAGGACCAAAUUGCCAUGAUUGACAGACGAUAUGAAAUGUCAAGAAAAUCAGCAUUAGCUUCUUUAAAUUCUGGAAACAAGAAAGUAGCCCUGAGGCAUGCUAGAGAGAUGAAGUUGGCCUCGGAGAGUAGAGAAAGGUGUACUGCACUUUUGAACAGAGUGGAGGAAGUUCUGAAUGUCAUCGCAAAUGCUGAAUCUACACAAAAGGUAACUGAGGCCAUCAGAAUUGGAGCUGAAGCAAUGAAACAAAAUAAGAUAACGGUAGAGGAGGUUGAACACUGUUUAGAAGAACUUGAGGAGAGUAUUGAUGCACAAAAACAAGUUGAAAAGGCUCUAGAAUCAAAUCCAGUCUCAGGUAUUGAAGAUGAAGAUAUAGAAGAGGAGUUAGAAAAGCUAGAGUUGGAAUUAGAAAGUGAAAACCUUAAAAUAUCGAAAGUCGAGGUUGGCAGUACAUCAGGAGAAAUGGGUGCUUUGGGAUCCACUGACUCGCUAACUGAUGCUUUGUCGAAUUUAAAGCUCCAUGAUGGUUCAGCUACGGAAUCUGUAAGUCAGAAGUCUCCAUUCCCGACGAGAACUAAAAAUUCAAAGCAGGCGAUGCUUGAAGCAGCAUAAUUAAAGGAAUUCCUUACUGGAAUGGUACUAUGAUCAUCUGUACUGGCUAAAUAUGAUGUCAAGUUUUCGGUCAGUUGAUCAAGCUGUUGGGGUCAUGUAUAUAACGAUUUCACUCUCUGCAUAUUUUACAUGUAUAUACACUAGAAAAAUGUAAACUAUCAUGAUGUCUAAUUUGAUCAGUCAUAAAUCCUGGUUGUCUGAAGAGUUGAUGGAUGUAUUUGGUUUUUGAUCCA